AUGACGACGCUCAAAACCAACACGUGGACCUCGCCGACGACAGGCAAACAAUGGUCCUACCUCACAGCCGGACCCUCAGACGGGCCGUUGAUGUUCUUCCUGCACGGAUGGCCGGGCAUCGCAUCGACAUGGAAAUACCAGCUCGUUGCAUUCAGCAGCCUAGGCUUUUCUGUCGUGGCACCAGACAUGCCAGGCUACGGCGGGACGUGGACGUCAAAGGACUCGUCCGAGUUCGCACUGGAGAGACUUGUCCCGCAAGUCAUCGAACUUCUACACGCUCUCGGUCGACAGGACGCCAUCUGGAUAGGCCACGACUGGGGUUGCGGCCCUCUGUGGGCCAUCGCCGCGCACCACCCUGAAGUCUGCAAGGGGAUUGUCGGGGUUUCGGUCCCGUACCGCACGAUAGAGCUCGGGCUACCAACACUCCUCACGACCAUAGAUCGUGAAGUCUACCCCGAGGACAAGUACGCGUACGGCCCGUGGAGUUACCAAGUAUUCUACGAGCGCGACCCCACCGUCAUUGACCAGCAGUUUGAAGCCGACCUCCCGAAAACUAUCAGGACCGUCUACAUGAAGGGUCACCCUGAUAUCGGCCGCGCUCCGAGCAGACUGUCACUUGUUGCCGAGCAGGGGGGAAUGUUCGGCGGCGUCAACGCUCCGGUUCCAGAUGUGCCCCUCGACCGGACCGUGCUGGACCAGGAGCUCUUGGACGAGCUGGUUGCCAGCGCGGAGAAGAAUGGGUGGCACGGCGCGACCGCGUGGUAUCUCAAUCGCGCUGCCAACGAGAAGUACACGCGUGACAAGAGCUUGGAUGGUGGGAGGUUGAAGAUGCCCGUCUUGUUCGUACAUACCGAGUACGAUGCCGUCUGUCGGACCGUGCAUAAUCCGAAGUUGACGGUCGAGAUGCGUGAUAAAGUCGAGGAUCUGUCAGAGUUCGUGCUCAAGGCGGGACAUUGGGGCGUCCUGGAGUGUCCUGAAGAAACUAGUGCUGGGAUAGCCGAGUGGAUUGUGAGGCGACUCCGAGAGUCGUGGCCUGGCCCGGUCGUCAAGGGUAAAAUCUAA